AAUAAAUUAAAUAUAAUAAUAUUAUUUAAUUAACAACAAAACAAGAAGAAAAUAAAAAAAGGAAGAAGAAGAAAGAAAACGCGGCUGCUGUAUUCACCAAAAACCAGAGGGACAAAACAAACACAAGAGGAAGAGAGAGAGAGAGAGAGGUGUGAAGUCUGAAUGGUAUUCGAUUUCCAGCUAUAGGGAGAGAGAGAGAGAGAUCGAUCGCACCAACCCAAUUCCUCCCCAAAACCUUGAGCCAGACAGCUCCCACCACCACCAUCGCCCGCACCCAAAUUCUCGCCGAUUUGAAUUUCCUUUCCAAUUUCUGGUCUGGUCUUUCGAUCAAUCUUAUUCUUCUUCUACUUCCUCCUCCCCGAAAUUCCAUUCUGUUUUGUAAUACCAACAAUCUCACCUUUUCCCCACUUGUUUCCCCUUUUCGGCGUUUGUUGAUCGCUUCGAUCUUCCUUAGUUUUUGUUUUUUUUUUUUGGUUCAGAUUUGGUAUAUACAGUCGUGUUUGGCGGGUGGGGAAUAAUGGGUCAGAUUCAGUUUUGUGGGCAGAGAGCGGCCGCCUCUCUGAGUCUAUCACGUGUUUGAGGUUGAAUUUAUUUCUGGUUCCGUCUCUGUGGGGGGGAAGGGGGAUUUCUUCUUUGAUGCUAUCUCUGGAGAGGAGAGAUGCGAGAAAGGAGUUAGGUGUUGGCGGUGGUGGGAGGGAGAUGAUGAUGAUGGAGGAAGACACGGAGCUUGAGGAAGGAGAGGCUUGCUCAUACCAUUCUCCUAACAACGACGAUGACGACGAUGAUUGCGAUGCCACCAUGGACCCAGAUGUUGCCCUCUCUUACCUAGACGAGAAACUACAACACGUCUUGGGGCACUUUCAAAAGGAUUUUGAAGGAGGUGUUUCAGCUGAGAAUUUGGGAGCCAAGUUUGGUGGUUAUGGUUCAUUUUUAUCUAGCCAGCGCUCGCCUGCUUGGUCUCAUCCUCGGACUCCCCCAAAUGUCCAGCAAACUAGUAAUUUGCCUAAAUCGCCAAACACUUUACAGUAUGGGGCCGGUCGUCGAAGCUCUGAUUCAUCAGGUGCACCUCAGGCUAUAAGGCCUGGUCAUACUUCUGCUGGUGCUCUAUCACUCCCCUCAACGAAAAUGCCAUCCUUGACUGUGGCUUCACUCAAACAAGAACGCCGCAUGCCAUCUGCUCAUAUGCCUGAGGAAGUGAUUGGACGUGAAAUCUUAACUAAGAAGCCUGACAGUUUACCUGACCCGAAGAUGCUUAAGUUCCGCAUCAAAGUAGGCUCUGAUAACUUGUCGACACAAACAAAUGAUGCUCUCUAUAGUGGUCUUGGCCUUAAUGUCUCUCCAUCUUCAUCAAUGGAGGACAGUCCCUCUGAAAGUGAAGAGAUGUCUCAUGAUCUUCACCAUGCUUCAUUAGAAUCUCCUGCUCACAUUAUUCGGAUAAUGACUUCUUUCCCAGUGCAUGGAGGGCUUCUGUUAUCACCUCUUCCUGAUUUUCUGAUUCACUUGAUGGAAAAAGAAAGGCUUCCAAGGGAUAGUGGAUCCAUACCUGUUUCAAAUCUUGGUAAAAAAAUGCUUGGUCAGGGUAAAAUGAAGUUGCUGGAGAGGUGUGAGCUUUCCUCAGAAUCAAAAAAUGACUACAAAAAGGUUUCUGAAAGUGGUAUUGAGAUUGCAUCAAGCAAGGAGAUGGUCCUUGACAGUCUAGCAUGUGAUCGACUAGUUUCCCAUACCUUAAGGCUGCCGCUGCUAUCUAGUGCAUAUUCUACAACAGGCGAAACUAUAAAAGGCUCGGGGAUGGCAUCUAAUUUAUCAAAGGAAGUAUGUAAGGAUGGUUUGAAGGACAAUGCUGUUAUUGAUCCGGAAAAGGUGCCAUUUAUUCCAAUGGCUUCUCAAGAGGAUGGAUGCAUUGUAAAUUCCAUAGCGACUACCUUGUGUGAAGAUUUGGAAGAUAAGAAGGACGAGUCUCUUGAUAGUGCUUCUGAAUGCUCCAGGAAAGGUGGCCCCCGCAGAAGAGGAAAAUCUUCCAACUCGGUGAAAAUCGAUGCCAAUAUUUCUAAAGUUGGUAAAGCUUUGAGAGCUGAGUCAACUGAAUCAAUAAAGCAUAAGACUGACCAGAAAUUUUCAUCCCAGAAAUAUGAAGGUGAAAAGUUCAUUUCCAGUAAAGAGUGUUUGCCUUCAGAAGGAAAGAAGAAACCAAAGAAAAGCCAGAAUCAUAGCAAUGUAGUCGCAGAAAUAUCAAAAACAGGCUCUAUUGAUGGACCUUAUUCAGCUUCAAGAAUUCCGAAGGAUUCUCAUGUUAAUGAUUCAACAGAGGGGGAGUUAGAGGACCUCAAAGUCCAGAAAACUGUGGGAAAAUCUGGAGACCGGUAUCGUGAUUUUUUUGGGGACAUGGAACUAGAACAUGAGGAUAGUCAUCCGAGUCCAUCGGAAACAAGUCAUGUGGAUAGGGUGAAGGCUGCUCAUGUGGUUCAUAAAGAAACCAAUGGGAUCGGUAAAUCAUUGGUCGAGAGAUUAAAUGGAAAGAAAAAUGAUAAGAUGUUAGCAUCAGAGGUAUAUUCCAAGCCAGGUUCAAGUGCUGCUCUGCACCCCCAAAACGUUUCUGCGGAUCCUGCUCCUGUAAGUACAGAUCCUGUUGUGACAGAAGAUGAUCAUUGGGUUUGUUGUGACAAGUGUCAGACGUGGCGACUUCUUCCAUUUGGAAAGAAUCCUGAUGACCUGCCGGAGAAAUGGCUAUGCGAAAUGCUCGACUGGCUGCCUGGCAUGAAUAGAUGUGGUUUUACCGAGGAGGAAACUACUGAGGCUCUCAUUGCAUCGUACCGAGCUGCUGCUCCCAAUGGUAAAAGUGGUCCAGCUGGCGAUCAUGGUGGGCAUAUGACCAAGGGAACCUUGCGCGGUGUUCGAACCCAUGAUGCGAUUGCUGCUAGUCGGCAAAAGAAGCAUGCCUUGAGAGAGUCAUCAAAUAAAGAAGGCCUGAUACAGCUACCAAAUUCUGCAAAGAGAGCAGUGGCAACUUCUGUGCCAAAUGGAAGCGUAAGCGAGACGAGUCGGUCUCUAAAAAUCAGCGAAGCUGAAUUGAUGAAGUCAAGCAGAUCUAGUGAUGCAGCCAUGGGAAACAAUAAACCAAAGCUGAAAGGGAAGCACAAAGUGCUUGACAACUUUUCUGAUGGAGGUGAAACUCGUCAACCAAAGAUGAGAAGCAAAAGGGUAUCUGAUGAAGAUUUAGUUCGAGCAUCCAAGAAGUUAAAGGCUGAAGAUUUGCCAGAAGAUCCAAUGUCUGAUUAUGUUUCUGAAAAGAAUGGUCCUGACAUUCGCUCUGGUAAACUGCGGUCUAAAGAGUCUGAUCAUACUUCUUCUAAGGACUCAAAGAACGAGCAAAAGGAUGAGAAAAAAGUCUAUGCUAAGAAGCCGAAAGAUGAAGUUCAGAUUGCACUGGAUGUUCGCUCCAUGGAUAGGAAGAAGCAUAAGGAUGGUGAAGUGGUGAAAAAAAGGAAAGCAAAUGAAGACUUUGAUGCAAAUGUGCGAUCGUCGUCCCCUUUCUUUACAGAGUCCCUACUCCAUGAUGGUGGAAUUAUGGCAAAGGAAGAUUUCAGCGAUAGUGACUUCAGAAAGGAGAAGAAGGCACUGUUGUCCAGGUCUAUUGGAAAGGAGGUUAGUAAUGGUAAAGGUGAUGGUAGAACAGAGAAGAAGGGCAGUCAUGGAAGAAAACAGCAAUCAAGGCAAGAUUUGGGAAGCACAUUGUCACAAAGGAGUUUGGAUGGUGUUGAAUGUUCGAAAAAAGAUUCAGGGAAUCGACAUCCGCCAGUGGCUGCUACCUCUAGCUCUUCUAAGGUUUCUGGUUCCCACAGAACGAAAGGCAACAUCCUGGAUACAAAAGGCUCACCAGUAGAAUCAGUUUCAUCAUUACCUAUAGGAACACCGAAACCAGAUAAACUUGUAGCAGCAGCAAGAAACACAGAGAGACAUAUCAACAGAAAGUGCUCUGAUGGAGAAGAUGAAGGGUUUGGUGACCAAUUUGGAAAGAGGAAGAAAGAUAAAAAUAUUGAUUUGGGCCGUCAUGGGUCUCUUGAGCCUUGCAUUGAUUUUAAAGAGAAGGACUAUGGUCAGUGUUUAUCAUUUGGAAAAGUUAAACAACAAAGUGUGCCUACUGUUGAUUCUACAAAUCAACAGAUCGCAAGUGCCACUGCAAAUUCCUCUGACAAAGAUACUCAGCAUCAUAGUAGGUCAGAAAGCAAGGACAAACACCACAAUGAGGAGAGGCCAAACGGAAAUCAUUCUCAAUCAAAUGGGUCUCGCUCAAGGAAGUCCACAAAGGGAUCAUCAUCUUCAAGGUCCAAGGACCGAAGUUUUGAUACUUCACUUGACAAUGGAAAACCUCGAGCUUCUGAUUCUACUACAGCGCAUGCAGCGUCUUUUGGAGUAAAAUCUGGGGAUAGAAAAAACAAGGCAGAUGAGAAAAUUGGUGUCAUGUCUGACAGAAAAGAGAGCAGAUACCUAGAUAAGAGCUCAGGAGGACUAUUGCUUGCAGGGAAUGGCAAAACAGAUGCUCGACCAAACUUAGGUGGUCACAAUUGUCCAGGUGAUGAUGGACUUGCUAGUAAUACUGAUGAUGCAAAACCGAGUUUACCACUGGAAGGCCAGAUGAGCUCAGCUAAAGAGAAGGAAAUAUCAGCAAAUCCAUGUGGGAUAAUUCAAGAAGAGAAAUCACUCUCCGUUAAAGGAAAUGUAGGGAAGGGUUUGUCUGUUAGUGCCUCCGGCGGUGACAAGCCACAGAAGCAGAUCAGGAAGGUUGACCAUCCCCCGAACGGGAUAAAUCACAGCUCAGGGAACAAAAUAUCAAAUGGGCACAGGAUCAGGGAUCAUGAUGCCCCUAGUCCAGUUAAAAGGGAUUCCUCCAGUCAGGCUGCUAACAAUGCUUUGAAAGAGGCUAAAAAUCUAAAGCACCUGGCAGACCGUCUGAAGAACUCUGGGUCAGUUCAGGAAAGUACAAGGCUUUACUUCGAGGCAAGCCUGAAGUUUCUUAAUGGAGCCUCGCUCUUGGAAUCGGGAAGCAAUGAAAAUGCGAAAGAUAUGAUCCAGUCAAUGCAAAUCUAUACUAGCACUGCCAAACUCUGCGAGUUUUGUGCCCAUGAAUAUGAGAAGUCUAGAGACAUGGCUGCUGCUGCUCUUGCCUACAAAUGCAUGGAGGUGGCGUACCUCAGGGUAAUUCAUUGUUCACAUUCCAGUGCCAACAGAGAUAGACAUGAGUUACAGAUGGCUUUACAGAUGAUUCCUACAGGCGAGUCGCCUUCCUCUUCUGCAUCUGAUAUUGAUAACUUGAAUCACCCAACAGCAGUGGAUAAAGUUACCUUAGGAAAAGGUAUCAGCUCACCUCAAGUUACGGGAGGUCACAUCAUUGCUGCCCGAAAUCGUACCAAUGUUACCCGGCUGCUCACUUUUGCACAGAAUGUUAACUUUGCUAUGGAAGCAUCACGAAAAUCACGGACGGCUUUUGCAGCAGCUAGCAUAAGCUUGGGAGACUCCCAAAGCAGGGAAGGUAUUACUUCCAUCAAAACAGCUCUUGAUUUCAGCUUCCAUGAUGUAGAAGGAUUACUACGUCUAAUACGGCUUGCAGUUGAAGCUAUUAGCCGAUAAUUAAUGGAUGCUUGUUCCUGGAGAUGAAAUCAAUUGUGAAUGAUGAAGCUUUGUUCAGCUGGUGUUCUUUUGCAACCAAGUCUCUUACAACGUUAAAGAGCCCGGGAUUACCGUGUUGCAAUUUUUGAUCCUUCUAUCUUGAGACCGCCAUUUCCUGCUGGCUCAUGUAUAUAAUACGCAAUAUUGGAUUUGACGUACUCUACACUGAACAAGGAUGGUCAGGAUGGUGUUGAACUUCACAGCCAACAUGAUUUUGAAGACUGUACAUCUAGGCUGUUUUAUGAUCCAACGUGAUUUCAGCCCAGAAGAAAUGGCAACUAAUGAUAUAGAACCGAGAAAAUCCCUACGGGGUUGUAGAUCCUUGAUGAACAGAGAGUAUCCCAUUACCUUAGCAAUUGUUUUAGCCAGGAGAGGUUCCAGGUCUGCUGCUUGCUGUUCUCGUGCCUGCGCAACAUUUGAUGGUUGGAAGGUUCUGGUGUGUGCUGUUCAAUUGUAAUCCAGCUUAGACCUAUGACCAAUGCUGGUGAUUUCAUUGGUGAGAGCACCAUGUAGCGAGGAUUGAUAAUCUGAAUGGCAUCCCAGAUGAUUUGACCCCUACGACAGUUGCAGCUGUAACAUUUUUCCCUGUUCUUUUUGUUAAUAAAGACAAGUAGAAGGAGGUAUUUUUUUUAGAGGAAAAUAAUAACGCGGCAGGACGAGCUGGAGAGUUGCUGCUUGAUAAAAAAAAAAGGGAGAGAGGAUCCGCCCUAAUACUUCCCACAGUUGCAAAAGACCCAAACAGAUGAUUGCACACAGCUUUGAGAAGUUCCUUCCUUUUCUGCUUCACAAAACAAGUUGGGGGACACACUUGAUUGGUCACCAUUUAUGGGAAUGCUUGCAUGAUGUCUGAGGCCAACUAAUCUAGAAUCUGGGUUUUGGGCAGGCAUUGGUGUCUUGAGGCUGUAUUAUGAAAACUGUCUUGGUGAUGGAGGAUCUCUCUACCCUGCUCUCCCUGUAUUAAGAGGAUGUAUGUGGUCUGAAGGUUUGUUCCAUAUGACCAAUUGCUGUAAAUAAGCCGGUGCCGCAAGUAACCGGAUGUAAUUCUGACAACUGUAGGGUUCUGUGUACAGUAGUUGAAUUUAGAAUCAGGUAUAGAACACAUUUAUCAGACAUAGAACAUUUUUGGAAAUAAUCAGAACAACAACAAUAGGAAUAAGGAGUGUGCUUUUUCGGCUGGAUAUAUAGUUGAGCUCAAUAACAAUGAAGUUACGAGAUGACAGAUGAGAUCGGGUCUAUGAUGUCCGGAACCGGAAUGAGAAAAGAACAUGAAUGUUUAUGAGAUAAAAAUAGAUGAUAGAUUGUAAUACCCUUAUUUAAUGCAAAUUACGCUCAUAGGAUCGUAUCUUCCCUUGCAUGUCAUUGAAAAGAGAGCAUUUCAUUUCGCCGUUUCUCGCUCCUUGCACCAUGUAGCUAAUGAAGUGCAGCCUGCCUGUGCACGUCUCCCUCGAUGAAAGCGCAUGCUCACUGAUUCGGCACUGAAGUUACCCUGGCGUACUAUUUCGCACCAUGAAUGACAAUGCUGAUGAGAUCCUUGCCGAGGAUCUAUUGCGAUAUACACUUCUUACAGCAGAUCAUUCGCUUUGUUCCUCGGUUGAAAAGAAAUGUCUCGACUCUCGAGCACCGAAGUUUCGAG